AUUGUUGUCAAACUACAUGAAUUAAAGUGUUAACAUGGAUGAUCAAGAUAAAACUCAACAAAAUAUGAUAUCCAAUCUACCGCUUCUUUUUGCAAAUGGGUAUCCAACUUCGCUAGAAAAAAUAAGCGAAUCGCAAUUGGAAAAGUUUAUACCUUUUAUGGUUCAAUGCUCUUUAGGGCAUAUCAAUUUGCCGAAAAAAAUAGACUGUAGUGAACCUGAGUGGUGGCCGGAAAAUGUGCCAUUUUUAAUUCCGCUUAAAAAGCCAAAAGAAUGCUUUGGGACGUGGAUGGAAAAAAUGAAGGAGAUUGUGGUUAUUUGUUAUCAGUUUCAUAAAAGUCUCUUCUUACUACGAUUUUGUAAUGACUUAGCCGCAUAUGAACAUGCAAGUUUAAGGUUCAUAAAUAAUUACAAUUCAACAACAUCUCUUUACGAUAGAAGAAAUAAUAAAUUACUAGUAACAUUUCGCAAUGAAAAUAUGUCAUAUGAUCGCCAACAAAAAAUUAGGAAAUGUCUCUUGCUUCAAAAAAACAAAAAUGAUGCUCACGAUGAUGAUUCACAGCAAAUGAUGGUUGAGCCAGCUCCUUUCGAUAUUUAUCUUUGUGACAAUUGUGAUGCUGAACUAUAUUCAAAAGAAGCUAUAAUGGAACACGAAAAAAUUUGCAAUAUAGAAAAUGAUGUAAUUAUCUGCGAUUCCCCAGAACCAGAAAAUAGGGACGUUAAAAAUGAGAACAGUGAAUUGCGCAAUGCUUUCCUAUUAAAUUUUAGUCUUCAGUCUAGGGUUUCAGUACAUAAUGUAUGUGUUCAACAUAAAAAAACGCAUGUUUGCAAUAAUGACAUAAUUAAUGAUAUACCUGAUUUAAAUAGACGCAUAUCGAGAAGAAAUCGAACGGUCCAUUCUUUUAGCAGAUGUUCAUUUAUUCCAAUAUCAUCACCUGCGGGACAACGACUACUGCGGUCAAUAAAAAUUGCUAUGACAGUUGAAUACGUGUUUGAAAGACAAGAAAGAUUAGAACGCUUUUGUUAUACUCCAUUUCUAAAAUCAAAUUUAAGGCAAAAAAUUUUUGAAAAAAAAUUAAGCUCAAGUAAUGCUCACUGUACUUAUAAAAAACCCUAUGAUCAUAGCCUACAUAUAUACUCCUUUCCACGGCGUCAGUUUUCACAACGCAGGGAUAACACAACAAAUUUUCUUUUCCUCAACUCUCCGUUAAUAAAACAAUGCCGUCCGAUUUCGGUCAGAUUGAAAAAAAUGACUGAACCUUUAUUAGGAGAACAAUGUCCACCAGGAAAUACUAAGCUCAAUAUUAGAUUAACACGAGAUAUUUCACUUAAUUCAAAUUGGAGGAUUUCACCAUCAAAUGAGGUUUUAGUUGACACAAUUGAUUUGUGUUCCUCUGAUGAUGACGACCAAAUCGACCGAUCGCGAAUAAUUAGUUCGGAUACACCUCUAUCGAUAUCCGUAUCUAACAAAAAUUCAGUCUCAGGAAGACAAAAAGAUUCUAUAAAUACAUGUGAAAUACCUGCGUUACCGAGUCCAACUGCUAUGACUGAAAAUAAUUCAUUAAAACCUUUGCAGCAAUCAGUAUAUAUUUUCUCUAACUAUAAGACUAAUUCUGUUUUUAACCGAUGUACUGUAAACCCUAUAUCCAACCAUCCAGUUACGCGAGUUAUAAAUACUUCGAAUACACAUUCUGACUCCCGGCAAUCAAAAGAAUAUAACCAAGAAAAUUGCAAUCUGCCAAAGAAAUUAAUAAAUGUUUCGGACUGGUUCGCACAAAACCCUACGAACUCAGAAACAAAGGUCAGCAAAAAUGAAGGCAUGCACUUUGAAAAUCUUUCUGUGGCUCAGACUUUUAAUUCAACUGGACGAAUAAUUUCAAUUGACUUGACAAGCUAAGACAAGCAAAUCUUAACCAUUCUAAUAUAAGGUAUUUUAGUAUUCUAAAAUUUGUUAUUUUGUAUAUAAAAAUAAAGUGUAUUAAAAUUGUGAAGUGUUUUCUA